GAGACUAUACUAUGCAAGCGUGAACGUUUCAGCAUGAAUUAUGUUUGUUUGAUUACUAUGUUAUGUUUUAUUUAUUGUUUUGCAAAGAAAAAAGAAAUCUAUAAAUCUCCAAAAGAGUUUUUAGAAAGUGAAGAAAAGAGAUUGAAAAAAGGAGGUGUUACUUGCUCACUUAAGAAAAUUUCCAGGAAAGGUCUUGAUAACUUAAGACUACAAAGAAAGGAUGAUGUGGCAGUUUUAUGUCUCAUAAAGUACCUUAUUGAUCAGCCCGAUGAUGGGUUUCAGUGGUCAGUGCUUGCAACCAUCUACAGCCUGAGAGGUAAAACACACUCUAGCCAGGCUGAGUCCUGCUUCAACUAUGCCCUGAAGAUCUCGGGCAAGGUGACGUCGGUAACAGAAUGGCAGGCUCUGCACCCGUUUGUUAUUGGUAAAAUGGAGCUGGACGGUGAUCCUCUGGAAGCAUUUGGUGGGAUUCAUAACGUGUCCUUGUUCAGGUUUCAGAAGGGAGUGCGAUAUUUCUCCGAGUUGGUGACCAAUGGGGAGGUCAGAUGGAUUACUGUCACUCCACACGCAGCAGACCAAGUGCAGAUUGGGUCUCAGGUUAACUGGAAUGACCUCGUUAGCUCAUUGGGGUCAAUGGGGAUCACGGAAUGGCAGGGCUGGUUGGUGGGUGAGUUCGCUGUGAAUGAGAAUGAUGGUGUCAUUAUGCAGUGUAUGGGAGCCAGUACUGUGUUUAUAGAUGGCCACCCUGUCACUGGUGAUGUGUACAGUCGGAGCAUGUUCUGGUUUAGUCUGCCUCUCACUAAAGGACUACACACAGUUUUCAUUCGCAUACGCACAAAAGUUCAAGCUAAUCUUAAGUUUUCUGUUAAAUUGGCACCUAAAAUAUUCAAAGUGUUAUCGCCAUCAUUUUUACCUGAUUUAGUUAAUGGUUACAUAUUUGGAAGGUAUAUUUCUGUUCCAAUUUCAAAUUAUCAUGCAACAAAAUGGCUGACAAAUAUUCGCGUUUCAUUGGUUGACCAGUCAGAUGGAGAAACACUUGAAAUUAAACUAGUGAAGAAUGACUUUGCAAUUGCUCCAGGUCAAGUGAGACCUGUUGUUUUAAAACUCACAAACUCUUCUCCGAAAAUAUUGGACAGCUGCUACGAUAUUGAUAUAGAAAUUAAAAUCACCACCUCCGAAGGACAGGAGUUACUUCCCUUGAAACUGAGAUGUAGAAAGAGCGGGGAAUCAUUCCACUUCACGUUCCUGGAUCAUGAUGGCUCUGUCCAGCAUGGUGCCGCAGUCCAGCCCAUUGGAGAAUGUGCCCAGGCCAAGUGUCCGGUUAUGUUGACACUGCAUGGCACAACUGUCCCACCACAGAAUCAGGCUGACAGCUACAAGAAGAUGGUAGAUGGCGAUUAUGAAUUUGGGGUUGAUAAAGCUUGGCUGAUUGCCCCAACAAGGUUUGGAGCUCACAACUGGGAAGGGCCUGGAGCUCUUUCUGCCAUGUCAGCCAUGUUUGAAUUCAAACACAUUGUGGAAGGCUGUGAUUGGUUGUCCACAAAAGUUGAUUCAAGUCAUGUGAUUUUUGCUGGCCACUCUAUGGGUGGACAUGGGGCGUGGCACCUGGCGACUCAUUAUCCUGACCGGGCCCUAGCUGUGGUUUCCCUGGCAGGCUGGAUCAAGAAGGAGGAAUAUGGAGACAGCAAUCUCUUCUUCAGACAUGACACAGCGACUAGUCACACAGACCCGGCUGUGAAGGCCAUCAUGGAAGCUAGUAUAGCGGAGAAUGAUGCAGACAGACACGUUUUAAAUCUGCAAGAUGUUCCUGUACUCUCAAGAAUUGGAAGUCAGGAUCGAACUGUACAUCCGUACUUCGUGCGAAGAAUGUAUCGGUUGCUCCAGGAGACUAGGUCCGACGUCAGUUACAGUGAGAUUAAAGGGAAGGAACACUGGUGGUGGGAUACCAGAGAAACCAAUGACGGAGGAGCCGUUAAUGACAAAGAAAUUCGUGACUUUAUGGCCCGACAUCUCAACAAGUAUGACAGACUGCAACAGGUGUGUACCUCACCUGGUAAAAACUGUGACGAUGCCAUCGCUAACGACGCUGACAAUAAAUACAGUAAGGAAACCAACACAGACCAGCACUUUGUCCUGGUGACCGUGAAUCCAGCAUUGGGUGAAGGUCUGCAUGGAAUCCAGAUUCUUCAGCAGCUGACUCCAUUCAGAACUAGCACUGUCAGAUGCCAGAUUUCUGGAAAUGAUGUCAGUUUGAAAACUGUAAAUGUCGCUCGGUUGAGAAUAAAGAAUCCACUGAAUAAGAAGAUUAACUGGGCUCACAAAAAUAUUAUGGUUGAUGGUAGUUUACAAAUGAGUGAACAGGCCCUUAAAAAACUGAAUAACAAUGAAGACAUUGACUUGUGUAAGAGUAAAGGAAAAUGGUCUGUUUGUGAGAGUUCCAUAACUGAUUUGAAAGAAAGAGGUCCAGACAACUUAGGACCUGCUCGAAGAGUGGCUGAAAAGGAAUUUGUUAUUAUAACAGGAACACAGGGCAAGUCUGAGAUGACACAGAGUCUGCUGAUCCUUGCUGUCUACAUAGCUAAUUUGUUCUUCCUCACAUCAGACGCUAUUGCACCGAUAGUGAAAGACACAGAUGUUACGAUUCAGCAAAUAGCUACCAAAAAUAUCAUUGUUAUUGGAGGACCCAGCCAGAACAACGUUGCUUUGGAUAUUUUAUCCGACCUUCCACUUAAGCCAUGUGAUAAUGGUCAGUGUUUCAAGCUUGCAGACUGUGUUUAUGAUGAUCCAAGAACUGGUUUUAUGACAUUAGCACCUCACGGCAAUAGCCAUCUUGCUCUAGUGCUUAUGGGUAAUUCUCUGGAGGGCUUAAAAGAUGCUGUUUCUUUGGCAAUGCCUACCAUUCCACCAAUGACAAGAUCUCCUUUUUCCAAUCUGCUGCCAGAUUUUGUUGUAACAGGACCUGAGUUUGGCCACAAAGGGCCUGGAGGUUUUCUGUGUACUGGAUUCUGGGGAAACCGCUGGGAGUUCCGACCUGAUCUAGCAUCCUGUGUUUGUACAUCCUGAUAAUACCUGACAUCACAGAGUAAUGGAUCCUGUAAUACCAUGCAUUGAUGUUAACAAAUAAUACAUCUCUGGAGACAGAAUAUGCAUAUUCAUUUGAUGUUCAGCGUAUUAUUUUGGGGAUAUAGAUCAGCUAUUUAUUGACCUGCUAGCCUCAAGUCCAGUGAUAUAACAACUGUCAUCAAGAAAUAAAAAGCUUGUAAUGAAAGACUUUUUUUUUUUUUUUAAAUCAAUAUGUUAUUCAAAUUUUAAAUGAUGAAUGACACAACCAACAACGGUGUGUAAUAAAAAAAAAAUUGGUUUAACAACACGUCCAGAGUACAUUGACUAAUUAAUUCUUGGCUGUUCUGACACAUAGUCUUCAGAGGAAACACUACAUGAUGUGUGAUAAAGUCAGAUGUUCACUUUAUACAUCCAGCAUUUAUCUGCAGUCAGUACAAAUUAGGCUAAUACAUUAUUUAUGACUGCAUGAAUUGCUGUGUCACAAAGGGUGAGAUCUAGUUCAUUCAGUAAAGCAAUUGCCUCAGAUGAUUGCAUUGUAGGAUCAAACCACCUCUGUGGACUCAUUCUUUGAGUAGGUUUUUCCCAUCCCAAACAGUGCCCCACGACUGUUAUAUUAAAUGAUGUGGUAUGUGUUGUCUUGGUUGUGUGACAGUACAUAUAAAAGAUCCUUUGCUGCUAAUGGUGGAAAAUAUAGUAGGUUUUCUCUCCUACUUUGUGCCAAAAAUUACCAAAGAUUACUAUAUCAAUGUACUCUAGAUGUUGUUAGACAAUUUUUGCUGUCUAGAUGUACAAAGCAGAUUGUGUGUUUGUGAAAGAUCAUUUAGGUAAAUUUAAAUGUGUAAAUGUCUCAUUUGUUAUCAGCAUGAGUUUCCAUUUUUUUAAAAGCUGUUCAGCAUCAUUUAAAUGUACAGUGUAGAAAUAAUUUUUUGAAUUUUGGAGCACGUACUUAACUUCCUAUCAAAUUGUGUGGGGUUUUUUUAUCUCCAAACUUUGUUUAAAUUGGAACUCUGAAUUGGUUGUGAUUUUGUAUUUAUUGCAUGCAAACUGAUAAUAAUUAUCAACAAACUAUUGUAUCCUGUGUCAAACAAGUUCACUGAAAUUUACACAAGUGAUAUUUCCAAGUUUUACUUAUUUCAGAAUAUAGGAAAAAUGACAUGUUUCUUAAAUUAUGCAAGUGAUUUUAUGAGGAUUAAUUGAAGGAUUCGUUGCUUAAGGAUUGAUCAUAAAUAGUUUUCUGUUCAUGAAAUUGUCACAGUAGGAGUACAUUUGUAUACAUUGAUUGCAUGUGCAGCCGAAUUUGUUUUCUUUUCUUUUUUCCAUUAUGAAUGGAACUAUGUUUAAGUUGGUCGUUAACAUCUGUUUUAUAAUGUUUUGAGAGUAUUUUUUGUUAAUUUCAAGAAUGUUAUCAUCUCCUUCAUCUAUUGUAUUAUUGUUUGCUCAUAUUUGUUACAUUCCAAAUAAUCUUUAUUAUGUAAUAAAUGUCCGAUGAAAUGGUGGUAUUUUAAUUUUGUUACAUUUUGAAAUAAGACAUUUCCAAUUUUAUGCAACUACUAUUUCAUAAUAUAAGUUAUAAUACACAAUGGACUCUUAAACAGGAUUCAAGAGGGACUGACGACAUGUUCUGGUAUACAUAGAGUGCCAUAUUAUCCAGAUUUUCCACAAGCUAUUGGUACUGAACAUGACUGUUUGACUGGCAGUGUAAUACAGCUAUCUGGAUUACAGAGUUCAUUGUAGUUGUUAGUUAUGCAAAUGAAUCAUUGAAAUAUAUAAACAUAUGUUUCAUACACAGAAUAAACACAACAGAAGACAGCAUUAUUAGUGUUACUUUUGUUUCAAUCUUUGAUGUUUUUCUCUUUAAAUGUGAUUUUAUCAUUUGAAAUUAAAGAACUUCAAGUAAAGGGAUUUUAUUUAUUUAGUUUGUUGAGUCAACCCUUAAGGCAAUGCCACACGAUUCAAGUGCCUCGUAGAAUAACCGAUGGCAAAUGAUGAAAUCGUAAUAUCUGUCUUGUCUCGUGGCUAUUCUCGUAUGAGGCACUCCUAUUGAGUGGCAUCAUCUUUAGAUCAAUCUGAAGAGGUUAGGUAAACCUAAUGUGUUUUUAACUAGUUCACUUUAUACAUUUAGAUUAUUGUUUUUGUGAUUACUUCUGACAAUGGUUUGUCUUUUAUGUAUCGAGCAAUUUUCUGUUGAAAAUAAAAAAUAUUAGAAUUU